AUCUUUUCCUACCGAUUCCACAGGAAAGUUCCUCUCUAUGCGCCUUUGAGAGAAAGUCGCCUGCUCAUGCCCCACCGCAUUCCUAACAAAGGCACCUAGCUACAUACUACCUUAGGUAUCCUAUCGAGUGCUUGGAGCCUACGGAAAAAACAUACGACACUUGCCGCUAAUUGCGCGUCCUCCGCUUUCUCCAUCACAUUCAACGACCACAACAUAGACGACACAGCCCGCCUCACAGGAACAAGGUUCUGCGCGCCGCUUGCGAGAUUUCAAAAGCACUUGCAUAAUCCUUGGAUCUAGCGCAUCCACACCGCUCACGACCCAACAAUGCCGCCCCAGAUCAAGCAAGACCUGAACCGGUCGGGUUGGGAGACGACGGAUUUCCCCUCAGUGUGCGAGAAAUGCUUACCAGACAACCCCUACGUCCAGAUGCUGAAGGAAGACCAUGGCGCCGAGUGCAAAAUUUGUACACGCCCGUUCACCAUAUUCCGAUGGAAGGCUGACCGCACCUCUCGCCAAAAGAAGACAAACAUCUGUCUGACCUGUGCUCGUCUUAAGAACUGCUGCCAACACUGCAUGCUGGAUCUAUCAUUUGGUCUGCCCAUCGUAGUCCGUGACGCAGCCCUGAAGAUGGUUGCUCCCGGCCCACAGAGCAGCAUCAACAGGGAAUACUACGCACAGGAACAUGAGAAGGAGAUUGAGGAGGGGAGAGGGGCGCUCGAAGAGUACAACAAAACCGACGAGAAAGCACGAGAGCUCUUGAAGCGACUGGCACAGAGUGAGCCGUACUACAAAAAGCAGCGAAGGCUAGAGGCCGAAGGAACGGGCAGUGCGCACAAGGCGUUGCCAGCUCCUGGAGCUGCGGGUAGUUCCAGUGCAGGCGGACAUGUGCCUGGGCCUAUCCGAACACGCGAUAGCAAAGCAGCUGUAGGUGGACGAGGUGGUUUCAAGUCGAACAGAGGCGGUCGUCUUCCUGGGGCUCAGCUUGCGCCGAGUCCCCAGGACUGGCUGCCUCCGACAGAUCCAAACGUCUCAUCCCUAUUCGUAACCGGUGUUGAGGAUGAUCUACCUGAGCAUGCUAUUCGCACACACUUCGCGCAGUUCGGCCAACUACGAUCAGUGGUGUGCUCACACCGCGCUCAUUGCGCAUACAUCAAUUAUAUCAAGAGGAACGACGCAGAGGCUGCGGCAGAAGCCCUGCAGGGGAAAACCGUAAUCAAGGGCUGUCCGUUGCGUGUAACGUGGGGCAGACCCAAACAGCUGGACAGCAUGGAUCAAAACCAAAGAAUGAUGUAUGCGAAGGAAGGAAGAACCACUGCAGCGCCUCGGAGGACCAAUGCGACUCUGGCGGCCAUCGAGGCGCCUCCAGAAGACAGCUUGGACACCAUCUCGGCAAUUGCACCACCUCCCGGUGCUGAUGACGAGGUUCAAUAUGCAAGUUUGGCUGGGAAUUAAAGUCUCUUGAGAGCUACGGAAUCUAUUCACAUCUGGCGUUUGGAGGUAUUCAUGGGUAUCAUGGUUCAUUUCUGGGGCGGUCAAAAGUCAAGUUGAACAGCAUUUGGUUCCUGCUAGUGUAUUCUUUCCACUUCCGUUCUUGAUAUCCUCGUUGUUCCCACGCUCGGUCUCGUCAUGUAUAUUAAGCUCUAGACGAAGGAGUCAAUGAUUAGCAUAUUGCAUGGAGAUGGGAACAUAUCUGCGCUCCGC